AUGAAGAAGCUGGUUCUGCAGGUGCAAGAUGCUAGAGAUACAAAAGAAUCUGAUAAUAUCAGCCGCGUGUGUCCUCCACGGGCUGACCUCUCCCUGGGAGGCAGGAGGCACAUCACAGGAGUGGACAUUCACCACAACAAACACCAAAAGGCCCAGGGCAAGGAGCUCAAGAGCCAGGGCAUCUACCUAAAGCUGUUGGUCAAGCUGUACAGGUUUCUGGCCAGACAAACCAACUCCACCUCCAACCAAUUGGUGCUGAAGAGGUUGUUCAUGCAUCAUACCAAUCAGUUAUCUCAGUCCCCUUCCCCUGUGAUUCAGAAGAUAAAGCUUCCUAGAUGGGAGGGCAAACCUGCUGUCAUUGUAAGUACUACAACCGAUGACGUGUGGGUACAGGAAGUGCCCAAACUGAAGGUGUGUGCACUUGGUGUGAACAGCCACUGGAUCCGACUCCUCAAGGGCAGGGGCAAGAUCCUCACCUUCAAGCAGCUGGCCCUGGAAUCCCCCAAGAGCUAGGACACCAUCCUGCUUUCUGGUCCUGCCAAGGGCCCACAAGAGUACAGGCAUUUUGUCGAGGCCCCAGGAACUCCUCACAGCCACGCCAAACUCCACGUAUGCUUCAAGGGCUUUGAGCAAGCAAGAGGCUCAUGGGCCACACACAGCUACAAAAAUUAA